CAUAACGCAUGAGCCGGGUAGCCGAGAAGCCGAAUCUAUUGGCUAGCACCGUUGUCGGAACCCGUUGUCGUAUCACGUCCUUCCAGUUUUAUUUCCUCCUCUAUACUCCGGGGUCGACUCUAACCCUCAUACAGUUUUUAUAACGUCGGUUCGACUCCAGUAGGAUUCUGGCUGGUCGUCAUUGUUAGGAUGUCUACCGAAGAUGGUGUCAUAAUUGAGGAUAUUCAAGAGACGGAAAUCACAGAAGAGCAUGGUGAGAUGUAUGUAUUCCAAUGGAUAGCGUCGACGGAGAAGAAAAUUGCGGAGGCACCUCUAUCUACUCUCAAGGCAAAGCAAGCAGAUAUCGAAGCCACGCUGGUGAAAAUUAUCACUGCCCCGAGCCCUUUCCCGGCUCCAGGACGCGCUAUCCGCAAUGUUGUAGCACGAUGCCUCGUUUCUUUGUACACCCGGUCAGAGACGCGGACGCUGUUUGACACCAUCCAGGCCUUCCUGAAGAUCGUCGGUGACUCAAAGACAGCAGAUAGAGAUCCACACCGGAUAGCGGCGCUGUACUGUGUCGGCGAAGUGAUGCUCGCUUUUGGAUCGCAGUUCAUGUCUUUUAUGGCCGAAAUCGCAAUAGUGACCCUGCGCCUAUCGAAAUCUUCUUCCAAUUCUCCAUUACUGCGCUACCAUGCUAUCUUGGCACUCCGCAAAUCUCUUUCCUCUGCCAAGAGAGCGGUUGCAGACAAUACAGUCAAGGAUAUCAUCAAGCAGAUGCGGUCUGCCUUGACUGGUAAAUGUCAUCCCGUUCAAAGGGCAUCUGCAGAGGUGCUCAUUGUGAUGUAUUCCGGCGAUAAUCACCCUUCCACAAGCGACAUUGACACCAUCAUCGCUCUCAGUGUCCGAAGUCUUGAGCACGCGGAUCACGCUACCCGACGCUCUCUUUCCCAGCUGGUCGGGCACCUUUUGGCUUCUACCCAGACUCCAAGGGUGGUCCGGAGCUCUGAACCACCCGUUAAGAAAAGCGGGUCCGAACUUUUAGACGCCGAUUCCACAACGGCAGGCCACGCUGCUGUAUCUGAAGUGAUGAAACCCCUUCUCACCCCGACAGAAAUGCUAUUGCACCUGUCGAUGCAAUAUAAUAAGCCGAACUUCUCUCGCAAGUGCCGCAUAGGGCUGUUUGAUUUUUAUGCAGCACUUUUCAUAAAGCUUGGAGUCGCUUUCACUGAGACCAACUAUUCUUUGAUCGUUUCUCAUCUCAUGGCGGAGAUUGUCUCCAGUCCACGGAGUCGAAGCAGUCGCUAUGAGGUCUUAUUAGUUCGCCGAUUAGUCGAGAUUUUGUUGAGAGAUCUAAUCGGUGUUCGUAUGUUGAGCGAGCAGGGACAGAUAGGCGCUAUCCAGGAGCUAGCUAGUUCUUACCUUAAACGGUGGCCCGCUUUGAUGCCAGGUCAGACAGCGCCUUCUUCCGCUGUUUUAGCUAUUGUCUUGCGGGAGGUGGCUGGGUUAUUACAGCAACUUGGGAACGCCCCGCCUCCGGUGCAGGAUGCAGUAGCAGAGCCGUUGGUGACAUUACUUGCCCAUCCGAGCUACACUAUCAGGGUAAAUGCUUCAUGGACUCUUCGGUGCUUCUGUUCCUCGACGCCUCUACGAUUACCGAAGACAAUCAUCACUGUCUUCGAGCUAUUGCAGAGAGACAUGACCGCCAUCCUAUCUCCGGCUGCUCCUUCCGACAUCAACUCCCGAUCCCUUGGACACGCAUAUGGUUUAUCGGCACUGGUGUCAAUCAUACCUGAGCGCCCGUUGUAUGUAUCUUACGAUGUUAGCGCAAAGGUCCUGGACAUGGCCAUUCAAUUGCUCAAGCAUUCAGCCGAACAUGACGUCAAGAUUGCAGGCAUUGAGGUGGAAGUUGCAUGGACUUUGAUAGCAUCUUUGAUGUCUCUUGGACCAAACUUCGUCCGAGCCCAUCUUCAGCAGUUGCUAGUCCUUUGGCGGAAUGCACUCCCUAAGCCAACCAGUAAGGAUGUCGUGGACAACGCUACACGGCCCUUGGAGGAGUGGAUGUUUCUUUUGCAUUUGCGUGAAAGUGCCCUCGGUGCUAUUCUGUCGUUCUUGAAGCACAACUCCACAACUCUGGUGACCUUAGAUGUCGGGCGUCGGAUUGCGAUGGUCCUGAGCAACGCCCUUUUGUUUGCGAAUAAUUUCAUAAAUCAGAAAGUCGAUGACGGGACCGAUACUCAAAUCCCUGGCCCCCAACCCAAGGGUUUGACGCUCAAGGGACGAGAAGCUUUGCUGCGACGGCGCGUAUACGAAUGUUUCACCGUUCUGGGCUUCUCAAAUAUUCCAGAGGCCACACAAACAACUCUCCUCCAAUCGGCUGUCACGCUCUUCGCGAGUGCCGACGGAUAUGCGGGAUCGUCUGUUCAGGCCGCUAUAGCGUCAUCUUCAGGCACCUUUACCUCGGUCUGGAACAGUGUAGACGGAUAUGCGUAUGGCGUGACGUUUACCGAAAUAGUGGAUCAUGGCGAUCUUGGUGCACAUAGUGAUUCUACAACCGAAGGAAGGGAUCAGCUGAAUCGAGAUUCCAUUGAAGCCUCAAUCGACUCUUUGCUUCGUAAACCGAUCUUUGGCGCGCGCGAACACGACAAACUGACAUUAUGUCGUUCCCAAGUAGCAGGCGAAGCUGACCAAGAACCACCGCCUCCAGCCACAGCAAUUGUGGAUGCUGCCAUUGACCUCUUUGCUCGAUUGUUGCCGCUCCAGGAUACGGCAUCGACUGCACGGACAAUCACGCAGCUGCUUGAGGCAGUUCGUUCUCCCAGACUGGAGAAAAAUACGGGUCGUAAGGCUGCUGUCACAAUCAACGCCACAAUUGCUUUAGCGCUUACAUUACGGAAUGCAACGACGUCUCACUAUCGCCAGGCUCGAGAUACUUUUGGUAGUAGCCAAGUGACAACCCUAUUGUCUCCAUUUUUGAAGGAAACUCUGGUUGAUGGAGACCAUGUUUUGCGUUCCGCCACCAGUGAAUGCAUAGGUCGUUUGGCAAGCUUGGGAGGUACCAACUUCCUCACGAAUCAGAUAAAGCAGCUGGUAGAUCAGGUCGUCAGCAACCGAGACCCUUACGCUCGUGCCGGCUGCGCUCUUACUUUCGGCGCUGUAUACACUCAUGUAGGAGGACUCGCCGCUGGUCCUCUAUUGAAGACAACCGUGAACGUCCUCAUGUCUCUCAGCAAUGAUCCUCAUCCUCUGGUUCACUUCUGGGCACUGAACGCGCUGGCACGAGUUAUAAAUGCCGCCAGUUUGGCAUAUGCACCGUUCGUGUCGAGUACUCUGGGAAUGCUUCUCAAAAUUUAUCUGAUGGAUUCCCAUGAGUGUGAAGGCGGUUCACUUUCUAAUGCCAACCUCAGUGGUGAUUAUCCGGCGUAUCCAGUGGUCUGUCAGAUCAUCGAUGCUGUUAUUACCGUCCUCGGCCCUGAUAUACAGGAGUUUUCAAAGACCAGAACUCUCGUUCUUAACCUGGUACACGAGUUCUCUUUGGAAGUGGAUGAAGGCACUCGAGUCGAAGCUAUAAAAUGCUUCCAACAUUUCCUGAUGUUCGCUCCCGAACAUGUUGAUAUACCCGAUUUGGUCAAUCAUUUCCGCGGCUACCUAUCUUCAACAUGUCGACCGUUGAAGGUCGCGUCGAUUAAUGCACUUUAUCAGCUCGUGCAGAAGGAUGCUUUAGCUAUGUCUAAACUCGGCGGAGACCAGCUGGUGGAGAAUCUCUUCAGCAUGCUUGAUGACGAUGCAUCUGUCGAUGGUGUUCGAAGCGUCAUUACAAGUUGGCUUCAUCAAACGGUUGUCUACAAUCCGUCUGCAUGGAUCGACCUAUGCCAACGGAUUAUGUCUCGAACAACGGCGUCUCAGCAGGUGGCUGAUGCUGCAACGCGACAGAAUAUGCGAGACGACGAGGGUGAAUCUUUAAGUGUGGGUAUAACACAAGACGGAGGCGACGGCGUGCGCGCACAUCUUACGUCACGUUGGAGGACUCAAUUGUUUGCUCUUCAAUGCUUGCAUCAGAUCUGUUCAAUCGUUGCCGAAAGUGGGAGGAAGGAGCAUGUAGAUGUUAUAUUUGCUCGCGCUCAGGGAAUACCGACGUCUGGUCUCCUGAUCUCUCGGGUAACGGAUUUAAUCAAAAUGGCCUUCACUGCAUCCACGGCGUAUGUAACUGAAAUACGAAUGGAGGGACUUGUUGUCCUGCGUGAUGUUAUUCAGAUAUUCGCGACAUCUCCCGACCCUGCGUUCGAGGACUCCCUUCUUUUGGAGCAACACCAAGCGCCUAUUACUGCUGCACUGACGCCGGCGUUUUCCGCAGAUUCAACACCAGAAAUUCUAGCCUCUGCAGUUCAGGCUUGUGCAGUAUUCGUUGGGUGUGGUGUAGUGAAAGACGUCAAUCGAAUGGGACGUAUACUGAAGUUGCUUACAACUGCUCUCGAACAGUCGAAAGAUUCGGGGAUGGUGAAGCUCGGAGAAACUGCAGAACUAAGUCCUAAUGCUUCCGCUAUGCUGAGAAUAUCGACGGUAUCCGCAUGGGCCGAACUUGAAGUCUCUAGUGCUCGGCAAUCCUACCUCAAGAACGUUGUAGACCCUUAUCGAGCAUCCCUUGCGACGCUGUGGGUGGUCUCUCUUCGAGACUACGCUAGCAUUAGGAUCGACUCGGAGUUCCUUCAUGAUACUUCUUCAGUCGCGUUGGACUCCACUUACUCAAGUCUGGGGAAGGAAGUACUACUACCGUACUAUGCACAGUCUUGGUCUAUUAUACUUCAAGCUGUGGCCACUGCAAUGCAGGCAAAUGAUCCGCAUAUUCUCUCUGCUAUGCACGGCCGUGAAGGCAGUGACACCGCACUUUCCACAGUGAAUGGCAACAGCCAUGAAGAACCCUCUGCUCUGUUCUUCGUCAUAUUCGGAUUGGCGUAUGAGGCACUCGUGUCCUCCGCUGAUUCUAAUUCAAUGGAUUCUACUCAACAAUCUACAGUCCUAAGUGCGCUAAUGGCUCUCAAGUGCCUCGUCCUACCACAGUACGCCGGUAAGGCCUUGAUGGAGCCAACAAUCUUCGACGAAUUCAUCGCUGUCUGUUAUCGUAUGGCUAUGACUGAGACAGCAUCUAUUCAAACACAUCUUAUUGAAGUACUUUCCGUCUUUGCCCUUUCCCAAGAAGCCUCGGCUGACAGUUCACCUGACACCCUCUCUGCAAACUCUCCGAAAGCACAUUGUUUGAGGACAUGCUCUUAUAUACUUAGGCAUACGACAUCUGCUUCCCAGGGCCCUAUCAUUCAAGGGGAUAUUGCGGAUCGCAUAAAGAUGAUAACCGCUUGCUUUUCCGCCUUUGGAAACAUUGCAGCAUCCCUGAAUACAUCUCAGCGAGAAGACAUACGCGGUGUCGCCAUUCUUCUUUAUAGUGACAUGCUCAAGGAUGAAUCGUCUGAAAUCGACCUUGUUGGCCCUACCCUUCCGUGUCUCAAGGCGUUACUAGAUAUUCCUAUUUCGAUGGCACGGGACUCGAAGGAUCGAUAUAGCCGUCUAGUGCAUGGCCUCAUAUCUGCUUGUUUGCUUAACAUCGAUGGCAUGAGAGGACGACAAGGGUUCAUAUCGACCAAGAAAGUCAAGAACAACCUAUUAGCAGCCGUACUCAUAUUGACCGUAAUACCACCGACUGUCAAAGUUGGGCGAGCAGUUCUCGAACAUGCUUGUUUCUUGAUUUCCCAGAAGCUACUUGAUGAUGACGAGGCGUCCUUGACCGCUGCCCAUUGUGCCAAGACUCUGAUGCUCGCCUCCACCUCGGGUAACCCUGUGCUUCGUCAGUGCGCUAAACUUUUGGUCCCUAGCCUAAUAGAAUACAUUGCCAAAAUGGCGCCCCUAGCGAAUGAUGGAUCAAUAAAGGAAUCUCAUGCGGUGGCUAUCGGCGAGGUCUGGAAAGCGUUUUCAUCCUUCUUUGCCUCUGUUGGAGAAGAGCAUCGCUCGCGAUUAUUGGGUGUUAUACUACCCACGAUCACUCUUCUCCUCACAAACACUGAAGCACCACCUUCGCCAGUCGUUACGCAGAGCAUUUCACAGCUACUAUCAUAUGCGACGUCCUCUCCAGCGGCCUUCAAGGAUGCGGCAGGGAAGCUAGAACCAUCAUCUCGAGAGCUACUAGAACAGUCGGUGCGCCGCGCAAUCGGCGGCAAUGCCGCAUCGGCAAGCGGAGCUAAUGCUGCCAAACCCCAAAUAUCCCUACGAUCUUUCUAAGUAGAGAACUGUACCAAGUCACAGAUGAUGUAUCGCUAGUUAUUCCUGGACAUAAUCAAGUUAUAACAUACU